UCAGCCGUCGCCGGCGCCGCACGCCGCCCAGUCGCGCCGGGGACACGCUGCGGUUCGGAUGCUCGCGUGUGGCGCGGGGAGAGGGGCUCGCGGAGGAACGUGGGUCGCCGCUGCUCUGUCCGGCCAUGCAGGUGUCCAGCCUCAACGAGGUGAAGAUUUACAGUCUCAGCUGCGGCAAGUCCCUGCCUGAGUGGCUUUCUGACAGGAAGAAGAGAGCACUACAGAAGAAGGAUGUCGAUGUCCGUAGGAGAAUUGAACUUAUUCAGGAUUUUGAAAUGCCUACCGUUUGUACCACUAUUAAGGUGUCAAAAGAUGGACAGUAUAUCUUAGCAACUGGAACAUAUAAACCUCGGGUUCGAUGUUAUGACACCUAUCAAUUAUCCUUGAAGUUUGAAAGGUGUUUAGAUUCAGAAGUUGUCACCUUUGAAACUUUGUCUGAUGACUAUUCAAAGAUUGUUUUUUUACAUAAUGAUAGAUACAUCGAAUUUCACUCACAGUCGGGUUUUUACUACAAAACCAGAAUACCAAAGUUCGGGAGAGAUUUCUCCUACCACUAUCCGUCCUGUGACUUGUACUUUGUUGGCGCGAGCUCUGAAGUUUAUAGAUUAAAUUUAGAACAAGGACGGUACUUGAACCCUCUACAGACGGAUGCUGCGGAGAAUAAUGUGUGUGACAUAAACUCAGUGCAUGGCUUGUUCGCCACAGGAACAAUAGAGGGUCGUGUGGAGUGCUGGGACCCAAGAACUCGCAGUAGAGUUGGUCUGCUAGACUGUGCACUGAGUAGCGUCACGGCAGAUUCAGAGAUAAACAGUUUACCAACAAUCUCUGCUUUGAAAUUUAAUGGAGCCUUGACCAUGGCAGUUGGAACAUCUACCGGGCAGGUUUUAUUAUAUGAUCUUCGAUCAGAUAAGCCAUUGCUGGUUAAGGAUCACCAGUACGGGCUGCCCAUUAAGUCACUUCAUUUCCAGGAUUCAUUAGAUUUGAUUUUGUCUGCAGACUCACGAAUCGUCAAAAUGUGGAACAAGAACUCAGGAAAAAUAUUUACUUCCUUGGAACCAGAACAUGACAUUAAUGAUGUCUGCCUCUAUCCCAACUCAGGAAUGCUUCUUACUGCCAAUGAAACCCCCAAGAUGGGCAUCUAUUACAUUCCGGUUUUGGGCCCUGCUCCCAGAUGGUGCUCCUUCCUGGACAACUUGACAGAAGAACUAGAAGAGAAUCCAGAAAGCACAGUUUACGAUGAUUACAAGUUUGUCACCAAGAAAGACCUUGAAAAUUUAGGGCUCACACAUCUAAUUGGGUCACCAUUUCUCCGGGCAUAUAUGCAUGGAUUUUUCAUGGAUAUAAGACUCUAUCACAAGGUGAAAUUGAUGGUAAAUCCAUUUGCUUAUGAAGAAUACAGGAAAGAUAAGAUCCGACAGAAGAUAGAAGAAACACGUGCACAGAGAGUCCAGUUAAAGAAAUUGCCGAAAGUUAACAAAGAGCUGGCACUUAAAUUAAUUGAGGAAGAGGAGGAAAAGCAAAAAUCUACCUGGAAAAAGAAAGUUAAGAGCCUUCCUAAUAUUCUCACUGAUGAUCGAUUUAAAGUUAUGUUUGAGAACCCUGACUUCCAGGUGGACGAAGAGAGUGAAGAAUUUAGGCUUUUGAAUCCACUUGUCUCAAAAAUUAGUGAGAAAAGGAAGAAGAAACUAAGACUCUUAGAGCAACAAGAACUUCACGAAAAAGAAGAGGAGGAAGAACCGGAAGGAAAACCAAGUGAUGCAGAAAGUUCUGAGAGUUCGGAUGAUGAAAAAGACUGGGUCGAAGAGGUCAGGAAGCAGCGCAGACUUCUGCACCAGGAGGAAAAGGUGAAGCGGCAGGAGCAGCUCAGGGAGGACCGGCAGACGGUCCUCAAGCCCCAGUUUUACGAGAUCAAAGCAGGCGAGGAAUUCAGGAGCUUCAAAGAUUCUGCCACAAAGCAGAAGCUGAUGAAUAAAACGCUUGAAGAUCGUUUGAAACUUGAGGCAAAAAAUGGCACGUUGAGUAUAUCAGACACCACAGUUGGCAGCAAACAGUUGACGUUCACGUUAAAGAGGUCUGAACAGCAGAAGAAGCAGCAGGAGGCUGAGAAACUGCACCGACAGGAAAGGAAGACACUGCGUCGCUCAGCCGGUCACCUGAAGUCAAGACACAGACGGGGACGGCCAUUUCACUGAAUCUGGGAAUGACCCUACGUGUGGUGCGGAGGGAGCGCCCGGACCGCUCGCCCUCGGGGUGCGUUGCAGACGGGGGUGCGCGCUCCGGAGGUGCCCGUGAUCCCUUGGCGCCUCUGCAGGGUGAAUGGCGGCCUGUCCCCCUGCUUCCGCGUCAGACUCCGCAGCCGCCCCCGCCCCCGCCGGCCAGUGGGUCGCCCCCAGGCUGCCCUCUGUAAGUCGUCGUUGCCGCAGUCGGUCCUCCCCGGGUUUUAAUCAGGUGGAGCAGGUGGUGGUUCUUCCACGUUGUGAAACGUGUGCCGCGAGAUGGGAAGUCACUGUGGGCUGAAACUGCAGGCUCUUCGUGGUCCCGGGACUUUCCUCCCUGCGGCACCUGCUGCCACUCACUGGCAACCCGCCCCGUCCCACCCGGUGCCCGGGUGCCGGCCGGCUUCGCGGUCAGACGUUCGGACGCUUGUGGCUUGUACGCGUGUUAGUCUGGGACUUUUAAAGAAACGUUCGUGUACCAAGAGGAUAUGAUUUAGCGGUAAUAACAACCUAAAACAGGAAACGGAAGCUACUGGUUAUUCUUUUAACUUUUCACAAGAGUACAGAUUUUUUCGUUUGUUUCUUAAGUGCAAUUUGAGAUACACUGGCUGGAGAAAACAUUUGUAAAAAUAAAUACUUUCAUUUAAUGGCU